UUCAGUACACCACUUCCUGCUUUCAGAUCAGUAAUCAAUCGUCGCGGAGAAGAUGCGUUGGUUACCUCUCUCGGUGGCAAUAUUAUGGGCCUGUUCUCUUUACAGUGCCUCUGCGGAUAACAGUGGCGUCAAGAAAAUGAAGGUGCAAUUUGCCACGGGUCCACUUCUCAAAUUCCAGAUUUGUGUUUCCUGAGGAUACAAGCGGGUGUUUGAGGAGUACAUGCAGGCUUUGUACCAGCGGUACCCAGACAUCCGCAUAGAAGGAGAGAACUACCUUCCUCUGCCAGUCUACAGGCACAUUGCUUCCUUUCUGUCUAUGUUUAAGCUGUUGUUAAUCGGCGUGAUCAUUGUGGGCAAGGAUCCAUUUGCUCUAUUUGGCAUGCAGGCUCCAGGUCUAUGGGUUUGGAGUCAGGAGAAUAAGAUAUAUGCCUGUAUGAUGGUGUUCUUCUUCAGCAAUAUGAUCGAAAAUCAGUGUAUGUCUACGGGUGCUUUUGAAAUCACGCUCAAUGAUGUUCCAGUUUGGUCCAAGCUGGAGUCAGGCCACCUGCCUUCCAUGCAGCAACUAGUCCAAAUUCUGGAGAAUGAGAUGAAGAUGAACGUGCACAUGGACACACUUCCACACCAUCGCUCGUAACCUUGCCUCUGAUUCACUGAAUGGAGCCGAUGACCCCUCCAUUUCUUUGGUGAAGCUCUCCUACGGUUGUGAGGGGACGUUUAUGAAGGUUUGCGCUGAAAGUAGAGACUCUACUAGCGCACGCCCGAUGUUCUGCGUUCCCCUCACCGUGCCCCUCGGAGAUGCACCACCUACAGAUGCUGGUGUGGGAUCUACGGCAACAACAGUGGCCAUAUAAUUAUGAUUGCAUCCCAUCUCUUGUGCGAUAACCAUUUGGUUCAGGUCAGGAUAUAUGUUCACAAUGACUCCAAUUUUCAUUUUAGUUCAGUUAGCUCAGUCAACAGAAUUUAUGAUGGCAUGUUUUACUUUCACAUCCUACUGCACUGCUAACUCUUGGUCUUUGUUUUAAUUAAUAAGUAGAUAUGAGAAGCUCCUAACUUAUACACCCAACCCCCAUCAUGAUAAUUUAACAACUAAGUAACAUUAAUUAUAUUUCUGAGCUCUGGAUUUUAUAUUGCUUUGUAUAGCUUAAAAUGUUUACUAAAAGGAAAAUAAAAUGGAAUAAAACUAAA